UGUUUAAUACAUUAAUAUUCAAAUGACAGCUGACUUUGAGUCCAUUGAACAGUCAAUUGAAUGCAUAGUUUGACAACAAUUGUAAACAAAGACUGCAAUCAUAUGAAUGACACAAACGUUAAGUGCUUUGAAUGCGACGCUAACUAUGAGUUGAUCUCUUGAGUAUAAUUUAUGUCCAUUUGGUUGAAUCCAUCACCCAAUUGAUCCAUUGAUUGAUUUAUUGUUUUUAGUUAAUUUUAUUACUAAUUUCAUUUCAUUGAUUAUUUUAUUGCUGUCAUUGACCUCUUGACCAAUGAUUGGCCACUAUUUGUCGCGACUAACGAUAUUAUUCUUCGGCACUCUAUUUCCUGCUUAUUCUUCAUAUAAAGCCGUCAAGAAUAGGGAUAUCAAAGAAUACUCACGAUGGAUGAUGUAUUGGAUUGUUUUCGCAAUUUUCUCUUUUAUUGAAGUAUUCUCUGAUAUAUUCAUUGGUUUUUGGCUUCCUUUCUAUUAUGAGUUAAAAAUUGUGUUUAUCCUAUGGCUUAUGUCUCCUUAUGGUAACGGAUCCAAAAUACUAUACUUGCAUUUAGUUCAUCCACAGUUAACAACCCAUGAACAGACAAUAGAUUUGUAUAUUGAUUCUGCAAAACGAAUGGGCAUUACUUCCGUAUGGAAUUUGUGGACAAAAGUUACAGAAUUUGCCAACAGAUCUUUGAUAUACUUUUUUCAAAUUGCGCAAACAAUUGUUAUAAAUCAAAUACAACGAACCAAUACCAGUGCUGUCGACGGUCCGGCAAUUCAUUCCGUCCAAACUCAACAAUUGUUAAGUCAAUCCAAUUUCUUACCACAAUUUCUAUUUAUGAGAUCUCCAACUACCAAACCUAUUGAAACUCAGUCUGCAAACAAUAGUCCACAAUCAGACAAUACUAGUUCACAUGAAAGUAUGGCUCUUAAAUCAAAUGCAAUGUCUCAGAGAUGGUUCUCUGCCGAAGCUUUACAUUUAUUCGAUAUUAACGAAGACAUUAAACCAGUUCCCAAUUUGAUGUCACUACGAAUGCGUUCAGAAUCUGAAUCCAAUCUCGACGAUUGGGAACAAAUGGAUAUCACAGAAGUUGAUGGCAAACCACCCGUCCAGCCGUCAAAAGGUAGGAAAAAGGCUAAAACACCUAAGAAUACAACAAAUACAGAGAAACCGGUAAGAAGAACAACACGUGUAGCUGCUGUUAAGGCACGCGCCAAAUGCAAACAGGAUAACAACUUACCUGAAGAUAUCGAAGAAUUUGUUUGAAAUAUUAAUUUAACUUUUGAUGCAUUUUCGAGUCGUUUUUGUGCUUAUUUUAUAUACAAAUAUAUCAGAAUUUAUUCAUCUAUUCUUGUUAUAUAUCAGUAUAAAUCUGUGAUAUUAUUCACUAAUAAUUUCUGCAAUAAUUAAUUGCC